AGUUAAGGGACAGAGUGCCUCCCCUCCUCAUUCCUCUAUAAAAGAGACCUGUCAAAGAUACCCUACCAGUUCCAAGCAACCAGCUCAGACAGAGGUGAAGGAAAAACUGAGCCUGGACCUCUUGAGAAGAGUGGCAGUCUACAAGGUCCAGAAUGUCGCCUGCCUUCAAACUUCAGUGUCACUUCAUCCUGAUCUUUCUGGGAGCUCUUAGGGGAGAGACCAGAUACCUGGAGCUGCGGGAGGUUGCAGAAGCCGACCCUUUCUUGUUCUUCAACACCGACCUGAAGCGGGAGCUGUCCGAGGAACAGGUCUAUCACCGCUCGCUGAGAUGUAUAGACAUGUUGAGCAUCGAGGGUCAGUUCACCUUCACCGCGGAGCAGCCCCAACUGCACUGCGCCGCCUUCUUCAUCGGGGAGCCGGAGGAAGUCAUCUCCAUCCAGUACGACCUGGUCAACAUUGACUGCCAGGGAGGAGACUUUCUGAAGGCUUUUGAUGGUUGGAUUCUUAAAGGGGAGAAAUUUCCCAGUUCCCAGGAUCAUCCUCUUCCUAUGUCUGACCGGUACAUAGAUUUCUGCGAAAGUGGCAAUAUCAGAAGCUUUAGCUCAUCACAGAACGUGGCCAUGAUCUUCUUCCGGAUUCAUGAGAUUGGCAAUGGAUUUACAAUAACCAUAAAGAAAAACCCUAACCUCUUCCCCUGCAAUGUCAUCUCUCAGACCCCCAACGGAAAGUUUACUAUGGUGAUUCCUCAUCAGCACAGAAACUGCAGCUUCUCUAUCAUUUAUCCAGUGGUUAUAAAAAUAUCUGAUCUCAUAUUGGGGCAUCUAAACAGUCUUCAGUUAAAGAAACCUUCAGUAGGUUGUGGGGGAAUAGGAGAUUUUGUAGAGCUAUUGGGAGGAACUGGAUUGGACCCUUCCAAGAUGAUGCCUUUUGCUGAUCUAUGUUAUCCUUUUCAUGGCCCUGCCCAGAUGACAAUCGGCUGUGACAAUACUGUAGUACGUAUGGUCUCCAGUGGGAAACACGUCAAUCGUGUGACAUUUGAGUAUCAUCAGCUUGAGCCCUAUGACCUGGAAAGUCCCAAUGGAAACAGCAUUAAGGAAUACUGCUUCCCUAGCCUCUGAAUUGCCAGGCUAAGAUUUCCAUGUUGCUAAUGAAGUAAGGUUUUACUGAAUGUACCAUGUACUUCUAAGUCUGAUAUCCUGGAGUCAUUGAAUCUUUCUACUGUCUAGUACUUAGCUAUUUCAUACCAGUCAGUAUUACCAGCCUUGUGCUGGAAAUAAAAUCACCGCAAUCAUUUUGUAUUUUCCUUUGGGGUUUAUAAUGUGGAAGUGGGCACCGGGAAGAAAAUGGUCUUUUUUUUUGCCAAGAUAAGCAGAGGUCCAGAUGGAAAUGUCCACUAUCCCUUAAGAGACAAAACUCAGCAGAUCAUGUGGGCACCACAAGUGAAAGAUGGAUCUUGUGAUCUUAUAAUCUUUUCACACUGGGUGAAAAUUCCAAAGGAACACCCAAUGGUGGCAUGUGCCUCCUCCAGUUUAUGAUGGAAAGUCCAGUAUUCCUAUGUAUGCAAAAGCAGUUGCUUCUGUUUUAUUUAUUAUACCCACACACUCAUUUAUUUAUUUAUUUGUAAUGCCUUGUUUUUAAUAAAACUUUGUAGCAUGGAAAUAUUUUCCUUCCACAAGUUCAAACAUGAAUAAAAUACAUUCAAAAUGUUGGCA